AUGUUCGCAUCGCCGCCUAGCCCAGCCAGCUCGGCGGAGAGCGUCUUGUCAUCCCCGCCCAACUUGCUUAUAUGGAACUGCCCAAUCAUCUGCUGCCUCUUGAUGGAGAAGGUGCGGACGAUUGCGUCGACCGUGCAUGCGACGAUCUUGUCGUCAUCAACGAUUGACACGCCUAGCGAGACGUUUGACUGUUGGCCCCAUCUGAUCACCUUCUCCCCAGUACGCCAGUCCCAACAAAUUACCGCCUUGUCUUGGCCCACUGUUACGAGGUGGCGCGCAUUAA